AUGAGUAGCUUUAUCGGUUCACAUCAUUCGACAGUAGCGCUGAUUGUGCUUGGAACUGGCGGCUUGCUACUUGCUGGCGGAGUAGCACUUCACGUGGAACUAACCAGGCGACGUGAACAGGAAGUCUGGCUACGUACGCUCAACACCUUGCGAAGUGAAAUGGGUCAGCUGCGACAGGAAGUGGACACAAUGCGUGCACAGUUAUGUCAACUCGUUGAUGGCGCCCGUAAUCAUGGAGCUUCAGCAGCGAUUUCACGUGCGCCAAGCAAUGCCUCUUUUGAUUCAACCGGGAACUACGUGGAUGCAUCGGAUGCAUGGUCAGAUUUCGACACAUAUUUAUAUUCAGGAAAAGUAAAACAGACUCCGAGGCCGAGCAUGAAAUAUUUGAAAAUUUUUACUAAAGCUAAGAUACUUUCAGGAAAAAAGUUUGCUUCAAAAGCACACGAUAUUGAUAGCAGCGAUUUCAAUGCAUUAAAAUUGUUAACAUUGUUGACCGGAGCAGCUACAGACUUCCAGGGCAUCCGUAAAAGAAUCGAAGAAGGGCAAAUUUUUAAGAAGCUUCUGGACAAAGCGUUAAGCAUGCAACCGAAUGAUCACAUGCUUUUACAUUUGCGCGGACGAUAUUAUUACGCUGUGGCAACAUUGUCGUGGGCUGAAAAAGCAAUUGCAGCCAGAUUCUCCAAAAGUUUCGUGGCUGCAUCAAUUGAAGAUGCACUGAAUGACUUUCUCGAAGUAGAGCGAUUAAGGCCCCGUAAUUGGAUUGAUAAUUUGCUCUAUGUGGCUAAGUGUUAUAUGGCUAAAAAUGAUCGACGGCAGGCGCUGAAAUUUUUGAAAAUUGCUUCAAGACUGAAAGCGUCCGAUGAAACAGAGCAAGAAUAUUUAAAGGAGGUUUUUACCCUCUUGCAAAAAUUUAACGAUUAAGC